AGUAUUGCCAGUCAUCCCCCAGACACGAUUAACUCUACCGGAAAUAAUAGUAUCGUCACAGCUGUCUAAUUACCCAGAAAAACAAUUCAACGUUCUUCUUGCUAUUUCCCCUAUUAUCAGCUUCACAAACUCUAGACGUACCGGAAAUUGCAACACUCCCUUCCAUUCAUUUUCUAUGGUCUCUUCAUUGAAGACUUUUCAGUAUUCUCAAAGGCUCACUUUUUACGCUAUUGUCUACACUAGAUAACAGUUGUUUUAUGUCAGAGUCCGAAUAUAAAAUGAACGCAACAAAUUUGCAAUUAAUUUCGCACGCGCAAAAAAUCGAUCAUGUCUUCAAAAUCAUUGGAUAUAUCGUCAAUCCAUUAGGGAUUCUGUUCAACACCUUGCUCAUAAUCCUUAUUUCCACAAAAACUCCAAAACUUCUACAGAGCUAUUCGAUGUUGCACUUGAACUUUGCUCUUUGCGACCUAUUCAGUUGUCUUGCUGGAAUGCUUGCUCUUCAAAAAAUUGUCUUUUCGGGCUGGUCUUUAACUUACAUAUUUCACGGAGCAUGCGGACAAAUUUCAUCAUAUUUCUGUUAUUUUCUUCAUGUUUUUGUUUGCCAUUGUCUAGCUCAUUCACAGUGGAUUUUGAUGAUCUCAUUUCUUUAUCGAUAUUACAUUCUCGAUCAGAUCAGUCCGGACACUGUGAAAAUUGUUCGAAUCUGUAUUUUAACCUACCUUCCAUCACUCCUAUUUGUAAUCGUGUACUGGUCGGAUGUAGCCAACGAAGACGCGCUGAAAAGAAUUGUGAAUUCAUUUCACCCAGAGUAUAUAUAUGACUCUAAGGAAAUUUGGGGAGACCUGGUUAUUGCUGGUAACAUGAGUUGCUGGUCAGCUGCGACCUUCUCUGCAAUCGUCUACAUGACAAUCCCAUGUUUCCCGAUCUACGGAGUCAUUGUCUUUUUCCGUCACAAAACCUUGAAAAGUCUGGAUGGCCGUGGGCGAAUAACAAUGUCAGAGACUACAAGGUCAUCGCACAAGCAGUUGAUCAAAGCUCUGACAAUACAAGCAAUCGUCCCAAUUUUUUGGCUCACAGCGUCCACAUUCUACCUGUUAGCUUUGUUUCAAGUUGUUGGUAGAGUGAUUGUGGAGAACAUGCCAUUUCGGAUAAUGGAGUGUAUGCCGAUGAUUACCCCACUGAUUUCUCUGUACUUUGUCAGACCCUAUAGAUCAGCGCUAACAGGCUGGUUUUUUCCAACUUCGCUUCUUAAGCCAGUAAUCGCCAGUGCAAUGCUGAGUUCAACUGCUGCAUCGGUCGCCCCAACUCCGUAGUACCUUCUAUUGUCACAAGCAUGAAAAGAAGCGGGAAAAUUAAAUUACAACGAUAACAAUACAAAACGGGCACAUUUUGAACUUUGUGAAUAUAUAUUUUAAAACUAGUCUCAUGUACAUAUUGCUGCUUUUUGUGUAAAUUUUGCAAUAAUGAAACUU